AUGGAUUCCUUUGAUUGUGACGAUAAAGAUCAUAAAAGUAAUGAUGAAAAUAACUUUAAAAAAAACGGGGACGAAGACGAAGACGAGGACGAGGAUAAGGACAAGGACGAGGACAAGGACAGGAAAAAGGACAAGGAAAAGAAAGACAAGGACAAGGACAAGGACAAGGACAAGGACAAGGACAAGGACAAGGACAAGGACAAGGACAAGGACAAGGACAAGGACAAGGACAAGGACAGGGACAGGGACAGGGAUAGGGACAAGGGCAAGGACGAAGACAAUGACAAGAGCAAGGACAAAGACAAGGACAAGAACAAGAACAAGGACAAGAAAAAGGAGGGAGACAAAGUCAAAGACAAGGAGACGGAGAAAGAGAAGUUUAAGGACAUGGAGAAGAACAAAGAGACGGACAAGAUUUUAGUGAACGACGCACUGACGCCGUUUGAUUGCGUGCGAAUCUUUUCCCAUGCUGCUUGCUUCGCCUUCUUCGUCACUGGCGACGAAAAUGGCGCCAAAACUAUCAUUAUGUGUUCCCUCGCGAUCUGA